GCUUGUCAAAUUGCUGCCCUCGCACAUUGUUAAAGCUUCGAGCAGGUCGCGACGCGCGCUCAGUCCUUGUGCAAACGGCGGCACGACAGCACAGUCUCCUAUUCCUCUGCGUCCGGCUAAUCAUUGUGCAAACCAAAAAAAAAAAAACAAAUAAAAUACAUUCUCAUUAUUUCUGGCAUUUUAUUACACGCAUUAAUUGCGCAAUUGCGAAAUGCAACAAUAAGCGAGAAGGUGGACGCAGUCAAAUACAUAAAUUAUAAUUGUGAAAAAUACGAAGCAUUUAAAGUGUCAAGUGCGAAGUGAGAAAGUGAGAAAUGAGCCACUGCAAUUGGCCACACAAUCGGAAUCUGUAUCAGCACCAGAACCAGAACCAGAAGCAGAAUCGCAAUCGGAAUCUGCUGCUACAACAAAGGCAAAGGAAACCGUUACAGAUGCAGAAUCAACAAGCGAACCACAGUGAAAGGAGCAACCAAGGAUCAACCAGAAUCGCCAGGCCGAUGAGGCAGAACAAUAGCGCUGCCGGUGCAGCUUACAGCUGCGGAUUUGGUUUGCGGACGCAGUCCUUGCUGCUACUGCUGCUGCUCAUUGGACUCCAGCUGCUGGCGGAGACACAGUCAACGCCAUCGCCCUCAUCCAUGCAAUCGCCACAAAAGAGAGCUCAGAAGUUUCACAAGUGCUUCAGUGCCUAA